AUGUCAUUAGCUCAACAAAUCUCUGCUAUCUUUUUCUUUGGUAUUACUGCUGUAGCUUGCUUUCAUCCUAAUUCUAUCUUGGAUAAAUUUAUUAUUAUCUUAAACACAGGAGAACAUCUCUUAAAGAAUGCUGCGCAACGUUGUGAGAAAUUGAAAAGGAAACCAAGAGAGUCAAACACGCCAUUUGAAGUAAACUCUGAAUCCAAUAAAGAUACCAGUUCAAAUAGAGAAACUCUGUCAAAUGAUUCUGAAGUUCAAAAGGAAAGUAAAGUACCUUUGUCUAGUCCUUCUCCUUGUGGUUCUUCAUGGAUUUUGGUUGCAAACAAUGUUCAACAUCCAAAUGAUUCUAUUGGUCCCUCAACAGUUCACGAUGAAGAGUUAACUUCAGAUCCAGAGACAGUUCAAACGGAAAGUGUAUUAUCAUCAUCUAGCCUGUGGGAGUCUGGCAUAAAUGAUCAGUCUGACAUAAAGGGCCAAGAAGACUUAUUGUCAGACUCAGUCGAAUCAGAUACAUCCAUUAAAUCGAACGAGACUAAUGUUACCCAAGAAACCCAUUCGCUGAAUAUUCCCACACAACCACCACAUGGGGCUAUUUCAAAUGAUUCUGAGCUACUUCAACAAGAAUUAGGGUCACGUACUCUGUAUGACACCGAUGAUGAAAGUAAAACCUACCCCUCACGAGAUCAUAUUAGAAUCAAAAUCAUUCCAGAUGAUGAUAAACUCUUAAAAUCUCAAGAAUCAAUUUCAGGCACUUCUUUUGUAUUAAUUAAUGAGGUUAAUUCUUCGGAAGGCACACUUAAGGCAUAUGGUCAAUAUGCUGCAAAAGUGUUAGGUUUAAAUCAAAGCAAUAAUGCAGGUGAUUCACAGACGGAUGAAGGAAAUGUUGAAGAAGUUAGAGAACCACCGAUGGCACAUAGAGCAGGUAUUAUUGUUUUUCAAAGUGGAGAAAGGGUAUUUGAAGCAGGUCAAAGAAUACUUGAGGCCGCCGAAGUGGUCCUUGCUACAGGUGAGAGGGUUUGUCAAAGGGGUAGCCAAUUUUGCAGAGAUAGAUUAGGAAUUAUCGAAGUCUAUAUGCCAAAUAUUCCAAAUCAAAAUCUGUUUGAUUUAGGAGAUCAAACUUAUGAAAUUGAAGUAGAUCCACCAGCUUACACUGAGAGUAAAUUGUGA